AUGGCGGAUUUCGAAGAACUCGUGGAGAAGGCACACGGUUUAGGCAUCAAAGUCCUUUUAGAUUACGUUCCAAACCACGCGAGUAGUGAAUCUAAAUACUUCGUAAACUCUCAAGCUAGAGUCCAAGGCUACGAGAAUUAUUUCGUUUGGGCAGACCCCAUCAUUGAAAACGGCGAAAGAAAAGUUCCAUCGAAUUGGAUAAGUCAAUUCGGCGGAUCAAUAUGGGAAUGGAGUGAGGAAAGGCAACAGUACUACCUUCAUCAGUUCGCUAAAGAACAGGUGGACUUUAACUUUAGAGAACCAGCGGUCAGAGAAGAGAUGCUUAACAUCAUGAAAUUCUGGUUCGGCAAAGGAGCAGAUGGAUUUAGGUUGGACGCUCUACCUCAUCUCCUCGAAGCGGAUCCUAAAGACUACGGUGGACAGUACCCAGAUGAGCCUCUCAGCGGAAAUAUGUUUUUGAAUCCAAACCAAGCCGGGUACACCACGCAAGAAUUCAUAAAGGACCAGGUGGAGCUGUAUAAUGUUUUAUAUGAGUGGAGAGAGUUCGCUGAUAAGUGGAAGGAAGAUAACGGCGGAGACACCAAAAUACUAUUAGCGGAGGCGUACACGAACAUCACAAUGACGAUGCUGUACUACGGCGAUGAGCGCGGAAGACGGGGAGCGCAUUUCCCGUUCAAUUUCGACUUCGUGAUCAGUCUCUCCGCUGAAUCCAACGCUCGGGACUUCGUUUAUGUAAUCAAACGCUGGCUCACGUAUAUGCCUCCGGGACAAGUUGCUAAUUGGGUCUUCGGUAACCAUGACAGAAAGCGGAUGGCGUCUAGAUUCAGACCAAAUAUGGUGGACGGACUCAAUUCCUUAAACAUGAUGCUGCCCGGGGUGGCCAUCACGUACCAGGGUGAGGAGAUAGGCAUGAGAGACGGCUACAUCAGCUGGAACGACACUGUAGACGUGCAGGCAUGCAACCAGGCUAACGAAUCGAACUACUUAGACUACUCGCGAGACCCGGCGAGAACGCCAUUUCAAUGGGAUAGUUCAUCUAACGCUGGGUUCACAACCGGAUCAAAAACCUGGUUACCGAUAGCCGAAGACUAUCAGACAAUCAAUUUACAAUCUCAAACAGAUGCGCCUCAGAGUAAUUUUAAGGUCUACCAAACUCUCACGCAACUAAGAAAGGAACCGGCCCUCUCCCACGGGAACCAUCUUAUCAAAGCCCUCACUGAGAACACUCUGGUAGUCGUGCGGCAUCUUCCAACUCACGACACAUACGCUCUGCUCUUCAACGUAGCCACAACAAAUGACACAGUAGACGUGUCCAAGGUCGAAUUUCUAGCUGAACCCCUCAAAGUGCAUAUAUCGAGUGUACAUUCGGGAAGAAAAGCUGGAGAUACACUAACAUUCGGCCAGUUGACUCUACAGCCAGGGGAGGCUUUAGUACUACGCGCUCCACCUGCGUAG